GAUUAGUUUCACCGCGCUCUCUGUUGUUGUGUCGUGAUGCUGGCUUUCUGUUAGAAACUGUUAGAAGUGUACUUUCUGUUACUAUAAUUAUACAGUUUUUGAAUGAGGUCAAGAAAAUACCUGUAAUAUUCUCAUCCUCAUAGUUGUGACUACGUUUUCAAGCAAGCAGGAAUAUCUGGAGGAGAAUCAGCUGAACUGAGAUCUGCUGCUGUUGAACAUGGUGUUUAUUAAAGAGGAAAGUGAGGAGGACAUGAGUGAACCAGAACCCUGGAGAAUAAAAUAUGAAGAACCAGAAACCUGGAGAAUAAAACACGAGGAACAAGAAGGCCUGAAGAAAGUGAAAGAAGAAAGACAAGAUCUGAAUGAGGUGGAGGAGAAACAUCAGUGUCAGAAAGAUCAUGAUAUCAGUGAAGAACAAUUAGUGAGUUGCAGCAAUCAAAAAACAGACGUCAAAAGGCCUUUCAGCUGCUCUCAGUGCGGAAACACUUAUAAACAUAAAAAGAGCCUGGUGAAACACAUGAAAAUGCAUAGUGAGGAAAAGUCUUUCCGCUGCUCUCAGUGUGAAAACACUUACGAAAAUAAAAGAAGCCUUAUGAAACACAUGAAAAUCCAUAGUGAGGAAAAACCUUUCAGCUGCUCUCAGUGUGGAAACACUUUCAUGUGUAAAAAAAACCUUAAGAAUCACAUGUUAAUUCACGCUGGAAUAAAACCGUUUAACUGCUCUCAGUGUGGAAAGAGUUUUACACAGAAAUGGCAUCUUAAGGCACAUUUGGUAACUCACACUUCAGAAAAGCCUUUCAGCUGCUCUCAGUGUGGAAACACUUUCAGACGUAAAGAAAACCUUAAGAAUCACAUGCUAAUUCAUACUGGGAUAAAGCCUUUCAGCUGCUCUCAGUGUGGAAAGAGUUUUACAAAGAAAGAACAUUUUAAGGAUCACAUGUUAAUUCAUAAUGGAGUAAAGCCUUUUAUCUGCUCUCAGUGUGGAAAGUCUUUCACGCGUAAUGGAGAACUUAAGACUCACAUGUUAAUUCAUGCUGGAAUAAAGUCUUUUACCUGCUCUCAGUGUGGAAAGAGCUUUACAAAGAAAUGCCAACUCAAGGAGCAUUUACUAACCCACACUUCAGAAAAGCCUUUCAGCUGCUUUCAGUGUGGAAACACUUUCAAACGUAAAGGAAACCUCAAGAAUCACAUGCUAAUUCAUACUGAAAAAAAGCCUUUAAGCUGAUCUCAGUGUGGAUACAUUUACAUGUAUUCAUUUAGCAGACACUUUUAUUUAGCAUGACUUACAAAAACGAAAAGGGCCUGGACAAGAAGUUGUGCAGCAUGGAUCUUUCUGAUGUUGUUUCACCUGUAAACAAGGAUUUGAUCAUCACAUGAGAAUUCACACUGAAGAGAUGCCUUUCCAGACAAUUCAUACAAAUUAAAAGCCUCAUAUCUGACCUGUUUGUGGCAGGAUCUUUCUACGUGUUUUAAAAGCAUGAAAUUCUUGUGUGCUGUGUCAGGAUGGAUAUUGUUAAGGUUUUAAAGGCAUUACUGCUCUUACUGAUCAUGCUAAACCACCUGGUAUUUUGAUCAGUUUUUUUU